GCGGGCCGCAGCCUCGGCCGGCCCGCCUGGCCCGGGAGUGCCCGACCACCGCCCUGCGGCGUCAGACCCGGGGGGCGAUGCCCGCUACAGAGCGAAGGGGAAGGCAGACCACCGGGCACGCAGCGUCGACAGAACAGCCAGCUUCUCGCGCCUGGCCGGAGGACUACCAAGACAAAGCCACCCCAACUCCCAGUCCGCCGUGGGGGGCCGUGCCCACUGCCCACCGAGAGCCCUGCUCAGGACGCACAUCGGAGGAAAGCAAAUCCUUCCAAUGCACAAUUCUCUUUUUUGUCUUUGCAUUUAACCAGGUUGUAUACCAAGCACUUGGAAACUGUAAAGCUGGGUUAGGCCGCACAGUCAGCCCUUGUAUCCAGGGAGAUUGUCCAAGAACCCUUAAGGAUUCCGGAGUCGGGCGGCUCCUGUGGAAAGUGCCGCAGGAUUUCGUACAGCCGGCACGCAUCCUCCUGUGUACUUGAAAUUACUCUAGAUUAGUUAUAACGCCCAGUACAAUGCAAAUACAGUGUAAAUCGCUGUUAUAUGUAUUAUUUGGGGAAUAAUGACAAGGAAAACGUCGAUGCAUAUUGAAUACGAGUGCACCCAGCUGACAUUUUUCUACCUACAAUUGGUUGAAGUAAGGAUAUAGAAUCCAAGGGUCCAGGAGGCCUGUUGUAUUCCUGUCCUCCAGGAGUUCCCGGUCGAGUGACGGAACUAAACAAACGAACAUAAAAAUGCAUACAGUGAAAGGUGACAAGAGAUCAAGAAGAGACUGACCCCUCAGCGGUGUAGGCCUGUGAUGAAGACUACUUUGCUCUCUCCCUGCCUCCUUUCCCUCCCUCACCCUCUCCCUCUUCCUCUCCCUCUUCCCUUCCUUCUUCCCUCUUGCCUUCCUCCUCCUCUGCUUUGGCACCAGUUCAUGGUCUCCUGCGUCUCGCUAAAAGCUGUCUGCUUGGUUUACUGCAACGCCAGCAGCCCAGAGUCUUCCCAGUGUAGGGUCAGGCCCACAGGGCAGGUUUGUCCAGGAAAACAAUUUCAGUUGCGUAGUGCUGAGAACAGUGUCCUCGGCUGAAUUGCUGCCAAUUAUUUGGUACCCGGUACAAAGCAUGACUUACCACCACUUGAAGAAAAACGGCUGCAGACUUUAAGCAAUAUGCGUAUAUGUUUAGCAUAGCAGAUUGUGCCAGCCCACAUAAAUCUGUUUAGAGAUCAUGCUCACAGAGCAACUUGUUUUUAUUAAAAUAAACUCAUUUAUAAAAAUUGUAAA